AUGACCUCAUGUGGCUACUCUCCUCUUCCCCCUCAGGGCGGCUCCACUAGUGUUUACAGUCGCGUUGUGUGUCUAUGCUACUUUUUAUCCAUCAGUAGCAUGGGUCUACCACUAACUCUACGUCAAUGUGCCCUCGUCAGCCUCAUUAGCGGUGCACGUUGGGGCUACCAGGAGUGUGAAAAUAAGAGCGGGCGCUACGUUAGUCUCUCUAGCGAUCCCAGCAACCCCGAACGACCAGUAGCGUUGCUAAAGGCGUCCCAAGCCGUAAAAACUCUUCGAAACCUUCUGCGAUCGCCACCGGCUUCUUUGGCACUCGCCUUUACUCUAGAUCUGUCCCAUGGUGAGGCCGCGGUAUCCUCGCCUGUUGAAGAAACUCUACCUCCGCAGAUUAUGCAGUCGUCACUAUUGCACUUCCUAUACACGUGGAUAGUCACUACUGGUGGGAUUGGGUUCGGCUCCUUCCAAUCGGCGAGCGUUCAAGAUUUUCUGCGCGACGUCGUUCCUCUGACAUCAAUCUCGGCCGCCAUUUCAACCACUUCUGGUCUAGGAACUGCUAUCACUUCUCCCAUCUCCGUUUUUGUAAUCUUCAACGAAGUUAUUAUUACACUGGCCAACAAGGAUGAAAAACGUGAUCAGAAGGAUCUACAGGACAUUUGCCAGCGUCUAAUGGAAGCCACCGCCUCCAUAGCCGGCACAGCACUAGAACAGGCCACAUGGUUCCGUCGUGGUCUCCAGGUCCGUACUGUAGCUGCCACAGCAAUGCCAACGGCUUCUGCGGUUGAUAUAUCGGGUGGCCUUCGUCCACCUGACUUUAUACACCCCGUGGCCUCAGAUUCAGCUCUGGUGGAAGUCAAAGUCAAUGGUAACACACCACCCAGCGCACUGCAUGGCUCGCAGGAGCUCCGUUCUUCUGUUCUCGUUGAAUUCGCCCUCAUUUUCUUUCAACCUGAGCUAAAAGGUAGCUUGAUUAUGGUGGACGAUUUUGGCAUUGAUCCCCAAAUGAGUUCUGUGUCGUGCGACGAACCUGAGUUGAGACCAAUGCGGUGGCUAGUGAUGAGCUUAAUUGAUAGCAAGGGUGCCACACAUUCUCAACCUAUGCACGAAUUAGAGGACUAUAGAAUAGGUUUUUCGAUGGACCGUGACCAUCGGGAUUCAGCUUCAAUGUAUGCCUCGCUGAAAGAGGACCUGCCUGUUUUAGCCCUCAGGAUGCUUGCUGAGCACAUGGCAGUGUUCUUUGAUGUGGUCUACAAGAGUGAGGAGAAGGAUCGCGUGCCAUCUGCUCUUAAUAAUGGCAUUCUUGCCAACAUUCUGCCCUUCUUGAAGUCGCACAACAUCGCCAACGCCUGUCACUACACAGCAGCAAGCCAGGUACUGGCCUCGUUGAGCUCUUACCAAUUCACCCGCCGUGCCUGGAGACGCGAGGUCUUUGAACUCUUUAUCGACUCUACCUUCUUCCAGGCCACCGCACCGGCUCUCCACAGUUGGUGCGCUGUGGUGGACAAUCUCAUGACACAGGAGAAGAAUACCUUUAAGGAAGCUCUUGCCCGUCUGACCGUGUCACAGGGUACAGGACUGAACAUUUUCACCAGCAAGGAGGCUGAGUACGAACAACGUGCAGCACACCUCAAGAAGAUUAAUUUCAUCGUCUUCUCCAGUGAGUGCGAACAGUACUCGCGUUUCAUCUCAGACAUUCUCGAACGACUAACGGACAGCCUCCGUGCGAUGACAGAUGUGAACGUGCCGAUUCUCACUCAAAUCUUCCUCUGCACUCGUGUCCUUAUCGCGAGGAUUUCAGCGGACUCCCUUGCCUCGCUGUGGUUCAUUGUCAUUCCGGAACUGGUGAACGUAUUCCGGAUAUUCUCAGAGCGAUGCAACGGCGGAUCCAAGAAGCAUUCGGCAUUGAGCUUUGACCAUCUGCAGAAACUGCCCCAGUCCCAAUUGACCAUCCUUCUAUCUGCCUGCAAACUGCUUGCAACAAUCCUCCUACUUCCUGAAUCCAUUAUCCCUCAACUUCUCUUUCAUCGUUGGGUGUUCAUUAAUCAUCGAGCGGAUGGAAGAUCCAAGGGAGAAGAGGUGGAGAGAAGCGAAUUAAACUCUGCUUUCCAACCUCUCAUGAGCCAAAUCUCGUCCGGUUUAACUUCAUCUGUGCGAGUAGAUUUUGCGGGCUCGGAUGUUACGCCUGUAUUGGCAAGAGAGGUCGUUCAACGUCACCUGCCGUUGCAUUAUUUUCUCUUUCACACUGAUCCACGACUGCUUUGGAGCCACUCGCGAAACGGGAAUGAGGAUGACAUGCCGAAUUUGCAUCACGAAGAGAAGUUUCCCGAUUUCAGCAGUCGCUGUGCAUCUCGUGCAUUGCGUGUAAAUGAAUCCUCCUUUGAAAUACUUGAGAAGAUGAUCUAUCAAGGUGAAAACCAAACUUACAGUACUCAAUUACUGUCGAUGACAAGCGCGUGCUACUUCAUUCUCUCUCUCAAGAACGUGACCACAUUCGAGCCUCUUGAACUCUUCUUUAGAAGUCUCGGAGAAAAGCGUACCGUCUUGGAGACGUCCAGCGAAGUCUUUGACGAAGGUACGUUGAGUCAAGUGCUGGAGGUGUCACUGUUCAACGAGUUCCCUGAGUCCAUGGCAGCCUCAAAGUGA